UCUUCCGAGCUACUACACCGUAGGACCGCGUUGGGGCAGUGACGUGGUGGCUGAUUACUAAAGUACAUCUUGGACAGUUGACGCUAAUUAAGGUGUGGUUCGGUUAUCUGAGCCGUUCGCAACUCACCAUCAAGCUUUAAUUAAUUUGAAACAAGUGAUUCUAUUUGCUUUUUUGACCGGAAAUUUAUCGCUCACUGCUGAUUUGCCUGAUUUGAUCCGAGGGAUAAAAAUGAAACUCUAUAGCCUGAGUGUCCUCUACAAAGGAGCGACCAAAUCAAAUCUGUUGAAAGCGGCCUUUGAUCUGUCCUCCUUCAGCUUCUUCCAGCGUUCCAGUGUGCAGGAGUUCAUGACCUUUACCAGUGCCUUAAUUGUUGAGCGAACGUCACAAGGGACCCGUGCCUCUGUCAAAGAACAAGAGUAUUUGUGCCACGUCUAUGUGAGAAAUGACAGCCUGGGUGCUGUGGUCAUCGCAGAUACAGAAUACCCACAGAGGGUCUGUUUCACAUUGCUUGACAAGGUGUUAGAUGAGUUCUCCAGGCAGGUGGACAGUAUAGACUGGCCAACUGGUAGUCCUGAAAAAAUAAACUACAAAGCCUUGGAUAUUCACCUGGCUAAAUAUCAGAACCCAAGAGAAGCAGAUGCGAUGACUAAAGUACAAGCAGAGCUGGAUGAGACAAAGAUCAUUCUGCACAAUACUAUGGAAAGUCUGCUGGAGAGAGGAGAGAAACUGGAUGAUCUUGUGGCAAAAUCAGAGCACCUGGGAAAUCAGUCAAAAGCCUUCUACAAAACUGCACGGAAACAGAACUCGUGUUGUGAAAUCAUGUGAUGUCUCUGCCUUGUCCUGUUGGGACGCGCCUCUCUCUGCCUUUCUGCUUGUCCUACAACCCCCAUCAUGCAUCAGUCACAAGCUCUUCACAAGGACCUCGUCUCAGAUGGAGCACCAAGACGAGAGCGGGAAAGUGUGGCCGGUCAAAGAGUGCCGUCUCUGGAUUGGGACUGAUGGGGGCUGAAGGAGUGAUGAGAUGUAGUCGGAAGAAUUUUAAUUUAAUAACAAAUUAUCCUUCACCUUUAAAGGCAUCUGUGUGAUCAGUACCAGCCGAGGACAUGAUGGUGUGUGUGUGUGAGACUAUGUGUACAGGACGUGUGUGGUCAAAAUAUCUUCAAACCAUUUAAUGUUGUCUAGAUUGAAUCUGAUCUUAAUCUCCUAAAACAGUUGAAACGUAAUAACCAUAAUUGUGCUUUUUCCUCAUGGAAACAGACAAUCUUGUUUAUGUAAUCAUAUGUUUUGCAGUCCGAUUCUCAACUGUUUUAUUUUUUUUUCUUCAAUCAGAACUCUAUAGACCCACUGGGUGGUGCUGUUUGAUCACAUUGCGGUUUAAAUGAGUCUCGUUGAGCUCAAUUAAAUAUAUAUAUAAAUAUAUGAAGUGUCAGCUUGGGGGUGCGACACCAAAGUCUCUCUGACUUUUACCUACAUUUCUUUGAAAAGUUUUGCUUUGCUGGAUUUAGUUACAGAAUUUUUUUUCUUUUCUUAAUUUAUGUGGAAAAAAAUGAUUAGCAUUCCCAUUCGGCUGUAUUUAAGCGAGGCUUAAAGCUGUUUAAACAUGAAGUGUUAAAUGUAGCGCUGGCAUCAGUGGGGAGUUUGUGCGUUGUUAAGUCGUCCGGACGGUUGUGUAUUUGCCACGCUUCAUAAAAUGAGUUUAAAGUAUGACUCUGAGGUGUGGAUUUUAGAUCAGAUCACAUUCCAGGCUUAAAAACUUUAUUUUUGUCACUGUGAGCACAGUUAAGUCUUAUAGGGUACAUUUAGCUUCUUUGAGAACUCGCCGGUUUGAGGGGAAGCGAUGCCUUUUGGUUGUGUGUUUUAGAUGUCUCUUUCACUCCUUUUGUAGAUAUACAUGUGAGGUGCAGACUGCUUUGAUUGGAGUGCCAGUGUGUUUGGAGAAAAAUGUCUGUUUGCUCUUUCUGCUUUUACAGUAUAACAUUGGUGCAAUAUGUGCAACUCUUUGCAAAUAAAGAGGAAAAACCAGUUAAAAUAUUUCUCACUAUACUGACAUAACAUUAAAAUGUAUACACACUUUUGUUUUGACUAACACACAUAAAGAUUGAAUUUUUGUUUUUUUUUCAAUCUUUAAGUUAAAUGAAAUCCUUUGUAAGAUUUCUGAACUUCUGUUGUAGUUUCUUUGCAGUUCAGGUCUUACAUAGAUUAUUAAAUAGUGCAUUCAAGAUUUUUGAUCAAUGUCUGCUUAUUAAAACCAAAUGUGUUCAAAUACAUUUUUGUUUGCGCUAAAAAAUUAGAUUGGGGGAUGAUGGUGUAAUAUUGGUUAAUUCGAGGCUUUUAUUUUGACUUCUUUAUUUUUGACUUUUAAACAACUGUAGUGUUGUGUACAAUGAUACCAAUAUUUUUUGAAGACGCCCAAGAUUUUAUACAUUUUAAAAUCUAAGAUUUAUCUGAAACAAUUUAAUUUAUAAUUGGCAAAAUAUAAAUUACAUUUUUCAAUGCUGCAAAGAAAGUGCUCAUAAGAGCCACUCAGCCACUUCAAAGACUGUGCUUUACAUUUAAGAGCAUGUUAAUAAAUAUAUUUGGAACUUAA